UCUGACUUCUAAAGUGUGCUCAGAGCGAUAGCCUUCAAGAAUCCCUCAGACAAAACAAACCAAAAGAAACAGCUUGUGCUCUUCACCCUCACAUCCCCAGUCAGAGGCAUUUUACUAGAUUUCACUUCUUUUUUUCCACUCCAGUUUUUUUUUUUAAUCAUUUCGUCUGCUGUGAAUCCACUGAAUCUAGUUCAGGCAUUUGUGGGGACUGGUUGUUUGGACUUGACUCUGUGUAGGACAUCUCAUCUGGACAGCAUGGCAUUGCGACAAAACUCAGAAAAAGAACCAAGCAUCGAGCUGUUCAUAAAGGCAGGACAUGAUGGGGAGAAUGUGGGGAAUUGCCCAUUCUGUCAAAGGCUGUUUAUGGUACUAUGGUUGAAAGGAGUCAAGUUCACAGUGACAACUGUUGACAUGAGGAAGAAACCAGCAGAGCUCAAGGACCUGGCGCCAGGGACCAACCCUCCUUUCCUCCUCUAUAAUGGCACCCUCAAAACUGACUUCAUUAAGAUUGAGGAGUUUCUUGAACAAACACUGGCCCCUCCCAGGUAUCCUCAUCUCAGCCCACUCAACAAGGAGUCCUUUGACGUGGGCGCCGACAUUUUUGCAAAGUUCUCCGCUUUCAUAAAGAACAGUCCGAAUAACAGCUUUCAUGAGAAAAACCUGCUGCGGGAGUUCAAGCGUCUGGACGACUACCUGAAUUCCCCGCUUCCCGAGGAGAUCGACCACAACUCCAGAGAAAACAUCGCCGUCUCCAAGAGGAAGUUCCUGGACGGCGACCGCCUAACUUUAGCAGACUGCAACCUGUUGCCCAAACUACACGUCAUCAAGAUUGCUGCCAAGAAGUACUGCGACUUUGACAUCCCAGCCCAGUUCACGGGUGUGUGGCGCUACCUUCAAAAUGCCAACGAGAGAGAGGAGUUCAGCCAGACGUGUCCGGCCAACAUUGAGAUUGAGAAGGCUUACUUUAGUGUGGCCAACAAGAGGAAAUAAAAAGAAGCCACGUCGUCUUUCUCCCCAAAGUCACCAUCUACUGAAAACUGUGCAUGGAUUCUGACACCCAGCUAAACGAAUUCUUAUAAGGGAACGUAAUACAUCAGUUCCCAUUCCAUCUUACAAAUAUCCACCUGUUAUAGCAGUACAACAUCCUGAACCAAAAUUUUAUGUGUCGUAGUUUAUAGUCUGUUUAAUCGUAGUCGUUCUGCUGACAAAUGGUUUGCCUAUGCCACAUUAAAAAGGCCAAGGGUGCAAUAGACCAUCUAAUUUAGUAUAUUUGUUUUUGUCUAUAGUGUAAAUAUAGAUAUUUUAUGCUGUUUAUGAUUAAAACGCUCUUACAGGAGUAUGUUUGAUUAUGUUAGUGUGACUCAAAAUAGUGGUUGAAGAAACCUUCAGAAACAGUUCAUGGUUACUUUUAAGCAAUACCAGACCAAUGUUACUUUAUCUUAUAUAUGAGUACAUCAUUCCACUGUCUUAUUGUCACACUAAUACAAAAUAAAUGCUUUUUAUCUCUUAA